GAUAUGACGGAAGAAACGUCUGACGGUGACAAAGUCAACAUCACUCUUGAAGGGGCAAGCAUCGAGGACGUUUUAGCGAAGGGUUUUGGCGGCAAGGGCUUGGAGUACGAGGGACGUGUGACAGAAGUUCAACUUCCUUUUAUACGGUGGGUUUUGCGGUGCAACGCGGUAAUAUUGGUUUGGAGAGGAAGUCGAGCGUGUGCUGAUGUCGUCCCUGCAGUACGCUGAACUUGCUCGGAGAGUAUUUACUUCUCACAUGAGGGCAUAUGCGACCCAUCCCUCAAACGAGAAACACGUCUUCCAUGUCCGACACCUUCUGAUUCAUAUCGGUCAUCUCGCAAAAGCAUUCG